AUGGCUUCGACCUUGCUCAAGUGCAGCAUCUGCCCCAAGAGACCAUCCUUUAGCGAUGUCUCCCAUCUUCUUACUCAUGUUGGCUCGAAAGGUCAUUUGUCUCACUUGCACAAACUCCAAGUCCGCAGUCAUCAAGAAAUUUCGGCCGGCCAUGAGCUCGCAACUUAUGACAGAUGGUACCAGCAACAUGGUCUUGGUGAGCUUCUGUCUGAACGCAUGCUUCAGAAAGAAUCCAAGAAAGGGACCAAAAGAGGCCGGUCUACUACUCAACUUCACAUCAAGAACGACCCCGACCAGCAAGAUGGUAAAACAAGGAUCCCAGCUCCAUCCAACCGCCACCCCGCUAUGAAGACCCGACAGCUGCAUCAAAGUCGCCCAACAAGGAAGCUGCAGUUACCGAGUCUCGAUCUUGAUACGGAUGAUAACAGUGAUUAUGACGAGAGUCCAACAAGGCAGAAAGGACGUAAAGCUCGUCGGUUUCGCAAAAGUCCAAUCAAGCGUUCGUGGUCGCUUGAGCAUUCCCAUAGCUCAGAGGCCGACUGCCCUGCCAUCACAGAUCCCAUCACUCCAAAAGCGGGCGAUGAGAGUCCUAGAUUGAAGGGCGUGUUCUGGCAUGGUAUGAAUCUAUUCGAUGCCGCCACAGAAGAGAUGAGGAGAAGGAGGAAUCAAAAGAAAGACGGCUCUGCCCUUAAGAGGAUGGAGAGGACAUCGGAGUUGGUGAUGCCCUCUGAAGCUAUAUACUCACCCGGGGGCACAUGGUUGAAGACUCGCGUCAUCACCGGCAACGUCGACGAGACAAGCCCGCUCAGAGGAGAGACACCAGUCCCCAAGCCUGCUCGGCGACGUCGACCACCACUUGCAGAGAGGGAUAGCAACAUUCCCGGGGCACUGAAUGGAAAAGGCAAAGGAAGGAAGCGCAAACCCCGUGCCCGAGGACUGAAAGAGAUGUCCCAAGAAGCAUCACCCUACCUUCCCAGCUCUCCUGUCGCUGGCUUAUAUCGCCCCGCAUCUCGGUUCGCCCCCACCGAGGAUGAGAACUUGGAAUUCAAGUUGACAGUCGGCAACCUUAAAGACCGGAAGAAGCGUGGUAAUUUUGCCAUCUUCAACGACGAUGGCUAUGCUAGAGUCCAGCAUCAGUCACAGUCGCUUGUGUCUGAUUUGGAUGGUACUCGAUCACGUCCGCCUCUAGCACAGAGCUACAUUCAACCGUCUCCAAAUAGGCAGCAGAUGCAAUUCAUGACUACCCCGUGGUUGCAACCACAAUAUCAGCAGUCAGCUUCGUAUCAUAGCAUGUAUACCUCGAUUGGCCACCACAGUCUUCACCGCGAGUCUGGCGACGGGCUUGGCAUGGGAAAGGAGAACGUGGAACCGAGCUUCGCCGCCACUACCAGUAGUUCCACCGGCUAUGCCAAAGCUGCGCCUAUGGGUCAAGCACCUGUAAGUGCCCAAGACCAUUUUCGCAGCAUUCAGGCCCCUAGAUUGGGUAGCAGUUUUGGACUAGGUGGACUCAACAUGUUUGAUGACCCAUUUGGCUACUCCGCAAAUCCACUGACUGCGGCCUUUCAACAAAUGCCGAGCACUAUGGAGACACCCUUCUUCACGGGAGCAUACCCAUACUCGGCUGACGCUGUCGCCGACAACACGAAGGGGGUUAUGUCUCCCAAUGGAACGGUUUCGGACGGUGAUGGACACGAAAACGGCCAAAAUCUGUUUGCUACAAGCGAGUAG